AGCGCGGCGCAGCUGCGGCGACUGGAGGAGCACCGCUACAGCGCGUCGGGUGUCUCGCUGCUCGAGCCGCCGCUGCAGCUCUACUGGACCUGGCUGCUGCAGUGGAUCCCACUCUGGAUGGCCCCUAACUCCAUCACUCUGCUCGGGCUCGCCGUCAACGUGGUCACCACGCUCGUGCUCAUCUCCUACUGUCCCACGGCCACCGAGGAGGCACCAUACUGGACAUACCUUUUAUGUGCACUGGGACUUUUUAUCUACCAGUCACUGGAUGCCAUUGAUGGGAAACAAGCCAGAAGAACAAACUCUUGUUCUCCUUUAGGGGAGCUCUUUGACCAUGGUUGUGACUCUCUUUCCACAGUAUUUAUGGCAGUGGGAGCUUCAAUUGCUGCUCGCUUAGGAACUCAUCCUGACUGGUUGUUUGUCUGCUCUUUUAUUGGGAUGUUUGUGUUUUAUUGCGCUCAUUGGCAGACCUAUGUUUCAGGCGUGUUGAGAUUUGGAAAAGUGGAUGUAACUGAAAUUCAGAUAGCUUUAGUGAUUGUCUUUGUAUUGUCUGCAUUUGGAGGAGCAACAAUGUGGGACUAUACGAUUCCCAUUCUAGAAAUAAAAUUGAAGAUCCUUCCAGUUCUUGGAUUUCUAGGUGGAGUAAUAUUUUCCUGUUCAAAUUAUUUCCAUGUUAUCCUCCAUGGUGGUGUUGGCAAGAAUGGAUCCACUAUAGCAGGCACCAGUGUCUUGUCACCUGGACUCCACAUAGGACUAAUUAUUAUACUGGCAAUAAUGAUCUAUAAAAAGUCAGCAACUAAUGUGUUUGAAAAGCAUCCUUGUCUUUAUACCCUAAUGUUUGGAUGUGUCUUUGCUAAAGUCUCACAAAAAUUAGUGAUAGCUCACAUGACCAAAAGUGAACUGUAUCUUCAAGACACUGUCUUUUUGGGGCCAGGUCUUUUAUUUUUAGACCAGUACUUUAAUAAUUUUAUAGACGAAUAUGUUGUUCUAUGGAUAGCAAUGGUGAUUUCUUCAUUUGAUAUGGUGAUAUACUUUAGUGCUUUGUGCCUGCAAAUUUCAAGACACCUUCAUCUAAAUAUAUUCAAGACUACAUGUCAUCAAGCACCUGAACAGGUUCACAAGCAUAUUGACUGACUAAUAGCCCAAGGAAAAGAGAUGAAGUUAGGGGAAUCUAUGAGUGAAGGAAAUCCCCCUGUGCAGGAGGCUAGUAUACCAUAAAUAAGGUUAUAUUUGAAUAUAAAACAUAAACCCUGUAGAUUUUGUUGUGUCUAUUUCAGUUAUGACAUCCCCAUUGUGUGUAUUAUCAUUUUUUAUCACAGAUGUUCUCAGAAUAGUCUACAUAUUAAUUAGAAACAAGACUAAAGAAAGAAAGGUCAAUCCUGAGGGCAACAAAGUGAACCCUAUAAUUCUAAGUAGCAGUUUGUCUCUGAGACGUAUCAGACACAGGGUUUUCACUGCCAAAGGAUUACAUAAAUAUCCAGAACAUAAAGGAUUUUAGCCAUCUUCAGGGUGCUUACCUUGAUUGCUAAAAACUGAAAGUGAGCUCAAUACUGCUUAAGUGCAUGGCUUAUAAUAUUGUAAUUACUGAGUCAAGUGAUGUUCUAAGAAAUGUUUUAUACUAAUCAUUUUUCAAAAGAGGCAUGUUAAUUAGUAUGUCGUAAAAAAAAUACUUGUUUUUAGUAUACUAGAAUUUAAAAGGGCUACAGAAAUUUUUUAAAUAAAAUGUGUAUUUAAUAAAAGGAAUUUGUUGUACCAGUUCAGAAAAA